UUAUAAUAUUAUGAGACAUUGUCGGUAAUGUGUUUACAUUAUUCGGAGAGAUCAUUUUAUAUUCAUUUGUAAGUGGUGUGCGACGUUAUGGUACCACCUUAUGUUAAACAGACAUGGGCGGUGUUAGGUGUGCUCAUCAACAUGCUAGGACAAGGCAUGGUCCUAAGUUAUCCUUCUAGCCUGAUCCACGCUCUCCAGUCACCCGACUCAGAUAUACCCAUUGACAUACAUAUGUCAUCGUGGAUCGCAUCAUGCAUCGGGAUUGCCGGCUUUCCUGGGUUCUUCAUAUCUGGCUUACUCAUGGAUUUAAAAGGGAGAAAAAUGGCACAUGCAAUCGUCAUGAUACCUGGGACUAUUGGAUGGUUGCUAAUAUAUUUUGCCACGGAUAUAAGAACGAUAAUCAUUGGAAGGUUACUUGGUGGCUUCACAGCUAGUGCCACUGUUUGCUUAGGAGCUGUUGUUAUUGGAGAAUUUAGCAGUCCAUCUAAUAGAGGGAUGUUCCUUAAUAUGAAGACGGUCGCUGUUUGCUUGGGCAAUACUGUAAUUCAUAUUCUGGGAUACUUCUUGCACUGGAGAACUAUUGCGUUACUAGGUGUUGUGCCGCAUGCUGUCGCACUCACCAUUAUUAUAACCUGGCCAGAGAGCCCAGCGUGGUUAGCUUCAAAGAAACGGUUUGAAGAGAGCGAAAAGUCUUUCCUGUGGCUAAGAGGAAACAGUGAAUCAUCUCGGCGAGAAUUUGACGAGCUGAUCCGGGCUCAGAAGGAAAGAAUGUCGGAAAUACCAAUGAAUCUAACAAUGAAAACGAGGAUAAAGGAAUUUUUCAAGAAAUUCACGCGACGCGACUUUAUUAAACCACUCAUUAUAAUCAUAUUCAGCGCGACGUUGUUAGAAACGUGCGGUAGACACAUCUUUCCUGCAUAUGCGUUACAAAUCAUUGCUGCGGUCACUGGAAAUAAGAUGAAUUCGUUUUACUAUACUUUAGCAAUUGAUAUAAUUAUAACCACGAGCGCUACGUUAUCUUCAAUAUUAGUUAAACUAUUGAAACGGAGAACGUUAUUGUUCGGUACAGCGUUCCCUGCGAUAAUUGUAUUGUUUUGUGCUUGUCUAUAUUUAUUCUUAGUUGCUCAGGGAGUUAUUUCAGCAACACGCACUUGGAUACCAAUAAUGCUGUUUGUAUUGUACUUCAUUCUUGCCAAUUUAGGUUGUACACCCAUUCCACUGGCAUUAUUGGGUGAGGUCUUUCCUCUAGCUCAUAGAGGUUCAGGAUCGUUGAUAUCUGGUUUUGCCUUAUCUUUGUUAUUAAUGUUUGCUUUACAAGUAACACCAUAUUUGCUAGUUAGUGUUAAAGUUUAUGGUACGUUUGCGUUCUUUGGUACUCUUAUGGCUAUAUCGUUAAUUACCCUUCAUUUUAUCUUGCCUGAAACAAAAGAUAAAACACUUCAAGAGAUUGAAGAUUACUUUAAUAAUGGUAAAUUUAAAGAUAAAUUGGAUGAUGAAGCUGGUAUGAAGAUGCUUCACACUGAAAAAGAAAAUAAAGCAAAAGUGUAAUUAUUUUAGCUUUUCUAAUGUAUGUUUGUUUUCUAAAGUAUGUCAAAGAUCUUAAGAUAAAUAGUCAUUCAGUAACAAUAUCUUAGGACUAGUUGUUCUCAUAAGAGUGGAAUGAGAACAACUAGUCCUGAACCUAUGUACAAAUAUUUUUAAUAUAUAGCUUUAGCUAUGUAAUAUUAUUUUUUGUAAGAUUCAUUCGCCAUUUUAGUGUUAAGAUUUUUUACUGUAUUUUUAUUUUGUAUAAAAAUUAAUAAAACAAUUUUUUGUA